CAAUUUUACGUGACAACUGCGAACCUGGCAACCCUGAUGACUUGUGCUGUUCAUGUGAUUUCGCUGUAGCUCAACAUGGCGGCGGUGUCUGUGUUCCAUAGAGUAAGAGCAGGAUCGAAAAUCGGAGUUCAAUAUGACCAAGAUGGCAAUCUUAUCCAGGUUGAGACGCGUGAAGAUGAAGAACAGAGCAAUAAGCUGUCUGAGAUCCUGGAGCUCUUUUUGGCCGCCGGAUACUUUCGAGCUCGGAUUAAGGGAUUGUCACCUUUCGACAAGGUCGUCGGAGGAAUGACCUGGUGCAUAACAACCUGUAAUUUUGACAUUGAUGUCGAUCUUCUUUUUCAAGAAAACUCAACCAUUGGUCAGAAAAUAGCCCUCACUGAGAAAAUCGUGUCAGUCCUACCGAAAAUGAAAUGUCCCCAUCGUUUGGAACCCCACCAGAUUCAAGGGCUGGAUUUUAUCCACAUCUUCCCUGUUGUGCAGUGGCUAGUGAAGCGUGCUAUAGAAACACGAGAAGAGAUGGGGGACUACAUCCGGGCCUAUUCUAUUUCACAGUUCCAGAAGACUCACAGUACCCCAGAGGAUAAUGAGUUCAUGCAGAGGAAAGAAAAAGCAAUAAAAACAGUGAUGGGUGUUUCCGACGUUUAUAAGCCACAGAGGAAGUACAAAAGGCUGAUGGAAGCAGCAGCCCUGGUAGACGAGGAGUCUAAAGUCCACUCUACUCUUCUGGAGUAUGGGCGAAUUUCAGAGUUUAUACCGCGUUAUCUGUUUAGCAAAGCACCAAAACAAGAUAAGGAGAAUGACAAAAAAGUAUCCUUGGGACAUGGUGUUCCUGGAGGAAUGACAGAGGUGUCGGAAGAAGAGGAAUUGCAGGCAGCUGAGGAGCUGCGCAUUAAAACUCUGAUGACUGGCAUGGCUGCAAUGGCAAAAGAAGACGGGAGGCUAACAGCCAGUACUGUGGGCCACAUCGUGGGCCUGCAGUCUGAAGAGAUCAAGCAGAUGGCCUUGGACUAUGCAGACAAGCAAUCUGAGCGAUUAAUGGAAGACCAGACCGAUGGCUAUGGUCCAACUCAGCAGCAUCGUAGACUUGUGGCUUCUCUUAACAAGCAGAUUCAGCAGAAGACCAAGCAACUGGAAGAGCUACAGGCCAAACAGUUGGAGGCCCAGGCAGGAUGUGAAGAAGCCAAGGGCAAACUUACAGAGGCUAUGGAACUAACAGAGAAGUUGGAGAAAGAGCUGUGCACUCUGGAAGCAGUAGAGGCCCAGGCUGAUUCUGGUAUCCUUGAGAAAUUGAGAGCCCUUGUCGCCAUGAAUGAGAAACUGAAGAAUCAAGAACAGGAGUUCAGAACCCAUUGUAAGGAAGAGAUGGUUCGUUUGCAGCAGAUCAUUGAGAACUUGAAGAUGGAGUCAGGUGGUGAUGGUAGUGAUGAGAAGGAGAGGAACAAGCUGAUUGAGAAGCAGUAUGACAUAGAUCGAGAGAAACUUCAGAAGAUCAGACUGUUACUGGCCCGAAGAAACAGGGAAAUUGCCAUACUGCAGAGGAAGAUUGAUGAAGUGCCAAGUCGUGCAGAACUAACCCAGUAUCAGAAGAGAUUUAUUGAGCUUUAUGGGCAGGUUUCAGCAACACACAAGGAAACCAAACAGUUCUUCACCCUCUACAACACACUGGAUGACAAGAAAGUGUUUUUGGAAAAAGAGGUGAACUUGCUAAAUUCCAUCCAUGACAAUUUUCAACAAGCUAUGGCAUCUUCAGGAGCUAAAGAGCAGUUCCUCCGGCAAAUGGAGCAGAUUGUGGAGGGAAUCAAGCAAAACAGAAUGAAGAUGGAAAAGAAGAAACAGGAGAAUAAAAUGAGGAGGGACCAACUCAACGAUGAGUAUUUAGAGCUUCUUGAAAAGCAGAGGCUGUAUUUUAAGACAAUCAAGGACUUCAAAGAGGAAUGCAGGAAGAAUGAGAUGUUGCUGUCCAAGCUACGAGCAAAGGGUGCUUUGUAGCAUACUUAAGGACUUCCACUUCCACUGGAAUUAUUUCAUGUGUGACACAUUACUGGCCCACUCUUGUCUGAAGUGUUUAUUACAAAGGUCAUUCCCAUUUGUUGAUUCCUGUACAAAAUUGUAUUUUGUGCAUAUUUUUACUAGCCAACAAGUAAUCUUGCUGAGAUUUGUAAAGCACAAUACUAAUAAAAUUCACUUUCUCAUUAUUUGGGUUAAAAUUAAGCUGCUGUACAUGCUGUACAGAUAAGCUUUAUAUCCAUCUAAUAUGAUUGACUUGUUGGAUAAUAGGUGUCUUAUUCCAAUGUAUGAUUUAUUUGCUUGGUUGUAUAAACCCUUGUGUUCCCCAAGACACAGGAACCUAUGAAUAAACAGAAUGAAAAACA